AUGUCAGCACUUGACGAUGUCUUGGCCUUCCUGGCUUGCUUGGCGGCAGAGGCGGAGGCCUACAAGUAUUUCAAGCAGAGUACUGCUGCAGGCUGGACCACAGACGAGCACACCACCCCGAAGCUCGAAGGAUUUCAUCCCACGUCGAAACACGAUGGGAAAUUGAGGGCCUUCUUGUGGGCCCAUGGGCUGUUGAGCAUACUCUUCAUCUGGGGCCGCAUUGCCGCCGACGGAACCCUGACAUUACUGCAGGAGGCCACCGCCAGCAAGAGCUAUCAGCUGUCAGGCAGCGAGACAGCACUGGCGCAGUCCUUCGUCGGGGUCCCCUUUGUCGACCAGUCCCUGCGGUCCCUCAUCAUCCUCUUCUGGGGCGCAGUCGACGGCUCGUCACCGGCGACCACGGCCGCCGCCAUCUACUUCGCCGGCCAGAUCUACCCCAUGGCCACCGCCAUGUACCUGGACGGCCUGCGCGCCGGCAACGGGCCCGGCGUGGUCAAGGUCUCGCUCUGGUUCGAGCUCAUCGGCCUGGCUGCCAUUGGCUGCGUCGGAUCCCUCUGGGGCGCCCUCUACACGGCCUCGUCACCGACCACGGCACCCGCCGUCACCCGCGACGGCCUCAGGGCCGCCUCGCUGGUGGCCGAGCCACGCACCGCGGCGCUCCUCCUGCCCGCCAUGCUGGCCAGCUACGUGGGCCCACUGCUGCUCAUGGCGUCACCGUCAGCCCCCGCCGUCCAGUGGGCUAUCGUCGCGUGGAACCUCUUCCCUGUGGGGAUUGUCGUCAUCGUCAAGGCUGGGAGCGCGCUGUUGAACACGCUCUUCCCCCUUGGCCAGACCUCUGCAGUGUCGCCCCAGCAGGGCAAGGCCACGGCCACAGCCACGGCCCGUUCCCUGCAGCAGGCACACAUGAGCGUGGUGAGGUGGCUCGGCGUGACCUCGGUCGCUUUUGGGCUCGCCGUGCAUGUUGCAGUCGGCGCAGUUUCCCUGUCGUCGGUCGUGUUUCCGGGUCUGUUCCGUGACGAGCACACCCGGGCACUUCAUCCUUGGACACUCUUCGUUCCGCCUCUCGCGUUGAAGGAGGCCAGUGUAGUCAGUGAUGGUCUUCUUGGUUUCAUCAAGUGGGAUCAGGCUUUUGGCUACUCGGUCGUGAUUGUGGUCUACCUGGCUCAGCUUCGAAAUGCCGCGGCACAGGCCAGCGGGAUGGGUGGCUACUCUUGGCUGAGGCUUGUAAUCUUGUCUGCGUUGUCCUGCUUGCUUAUCGGGCCGGGCACGACCAUCAUGGCCAUAAGCUGGCUCAGGGAUGAGGUCCUUUACAGUUCAUAG